GCUAUCGCAUCAACAUGCACGGAUAACAAGAGGCAAAGAAGAGAGUGUACGACCAGUCGCCGGAGAACGGAGCACAAGAUAUCAACGACGAAAUCACAUGUGUUCCAAAUCACUGAUUUUUCUUCAAAUUACUAAUCUGUUCUAUUGUUCUGCUUUCUUUUAUUAGAAAAUGUAUCCUCGAAGACGUGUCGUUGAACUGCUACAGGUCAUUUCCUCCCAGUCAUGCAAAUGUCCAGCUCAUGCUCAUGUGGAAGGCACGACUAGACACGAACUAGCAAGAGUUCGUAGCACAGUUGCAAAUGCUACACCACAAAAGGAAUAUGCCUUUGAGAUGGCCUGUUCCACGAUACGAUAUGGCGUUGGUGUCACCAGAGAACUGGGUAUGGAUAUGCAAAAUUUAGACGCAAAGAAGGCAUGUUUAAUGACGGAUUCGAAUUUAACGAAUCUAACACCUGUUAAAACUGCUAUGGAUAGUCUUACGAAAGCUGGUAUAGAAUUUGAGGUCUACGAUAAGGUACGCGUUGAACCUACAGAGAAAAGCCUUCAGGAUGCUAUCGAUUGUGCCAUACGUGGGAAAUUCGAUGCCUUUAUAGCGAUUGGCGGUGGCUCGGUGAUAGAUACUUGUAAGGCAGCAAAUUUGUAUAGUUGCGAUCCAGAAGCAGAUUUUUUGGACUACGUGAAUGCGCCUAUUGGCAAAGGAAAACCAAUUCGAGUGCCAUUGAAACCACUGGUAGCGGUACCCACUACUUCCGGUACUGGUUCGGAAACUACAGGUGUCUCCAUCUUUGAUUACCGACCGCUCAAAGCUAAAACUGGUAUCGCUAAUAGAGCUUUGAGACCUACUCUAGGCUUAAUUGAUCCGGAACAUACAUUGACUAUGCCAGAAAGAGUCUGCGCCUAUUCUGGUUUUGACGUGCUCUGCCAUGCCCUUGAAUCCUUCACUGCCAUACCAUAUUCGGAAAGGACACCAUGUCCUACAAAUCCUAUUCUCAGGCCAGCUUAUCAGGGCAGCAAUCCUAUCAGUGAUGUAUGGUCAAAAUACGCUCUUCAAAUAAUGCGCAAGUAUUUUGCGAGAGCUGUUUAUAACCCAGACGAUCUUGAAGCUAGAAGUAGCAUGCAUCUUGCAAGUACUAUGGCGGGUGUUGGGUUUGGUAACGCCGGUGUGCAUUUGUGUCACGGUCUCUCUUAUCCCAUUAGCGGAAACGUACGAAAUUUUCAACCAGAGGGUUACUCUAAAGAUCACCCUAUAGUACCGCACGGUCUUUCAGUAGUAAUAUCAGCGCCCGCUGUAUUUGCAUUCACUGGAAGUGCUUGCCCGGAAAGGCAUUUAGAAGCCGCGGAAUUGCUUGGUGCCGACGUUAAGCGAGCAAAGAGAGAAGACGCAGGCAAGAUAUUAGCCGAUACCGUGAAAGAGUACAUGCUAAAAAUGAAAGUCGAAAAUGGUCUGACAAACUUAGGAUUUAAAAAGGAAGACAUUCCUACUCUGGUUCAGGGUACACUGCCACAGCAUCGUAUUACAAAAUUAGCGCCAAGAGAACAGUCCGAGGAAGACCUUACGCAAUUGUUCGAAAAUUCGUUUACAAUUUAUUAAGAAGAAUAUAUUUUUCAUUAUUGAAAUUAAAUUAAAAAUAAGGAACAAAUAAAAAGUUAUUGUUUUAUACUUAUA